AGUUUCGCUUUCAGCUAAUCAGAGUAAAUCCAGUUCAGUAGCAACACAAAGUUCGUUUAAAGUGUAAUCGGUUUGUAGACUAAUAGAAAUAAGGUGAAAUCAUGAGAAACUCGAAGCUACUAACAACACUCGUCAUUGUUGGAAUAGUAACUCGGCUCCAAAUCAUAUCUGCACAAAAUGUUACAGUUGACGGUCUCUGUAUUUACUAUUACGAUUCGAACAGUUACACGUGUGACCUACACAAUGUGAUAAUUAAUUCACCCGAUCAAGUUCUUGUAAUUAAUGGAGACCACCUGCCCGAUCACAGUGACUUUGAUGUUGAAACAUUGAUUCAUCGAAAUGUUUCCAUUUCCUAUUUCAAUGGGGAAGUUUUGCGAAAAUUUAGAAAUUUGAAGUACCUGGCUAUGGGUGGUGUAUCGCACAUCAACGAAAAUGCAUUCGAUGUUUGCGACAAUCUUGACCGCAUUUACAUUGGCUUCAAUCCGUUGGAAACGUUUCCGCCGAGAAUGCUUCAGAAUUGUUGGAAUUUACGGCAAUUCGAUGCGUCAUUCAACGUCUACUUAACAUCAAUACCUGAAGAAAUUUUUGGUAGCACAUCGAAUUUAGAAAUAUUUGAAGUGAUUUCGACUAGUGGACUAUUUGGCGCGUUACCACCAAAUCUACUCCGAAACAUGACAAAUCUGAAAGAAUUUAUUUUUCGAUCGAAUUACAUUGCAAACGUUGAUAGAGAUCUACUCGCAAAUGCAGUCCGUUUGGAAAAAGUCGAUUUAUCGCAAAAUUCAAUAUCUGAUUCGUUCGUCAUAACUAACUUAUUAAACGGCCACGGUAGCUUAAAAUCGAUUAGAGUGCUUCGAAACAGAUUUAGGUCAUUCGACUUAGCUUUCUUCGCACAAUUCACCGAAUUAAAUGAUCUACAGAUCGGUAGUGAUGGGCAAAUUGAUGUUGACUUCAUCGGUUGGAACGAUCUACCUUCGUCAUUGACAUCAAUUUAUUUUUCGAAUAUUGGCCAUGAUAUACCAGGUGAUGCGUUUAGCCAUUUAACGAAUUUGGAAAGUUUAGGAUUCACCGGCCAGCGUAUCACCAAUCUGCAUGAAGACACUUUCAAGCAACUCGUAAAUUUGAAUGACCUGGGAAUUCAAUCAACAGGGAUACGAUCGAUUCCAUCUAACGUUUUCGUUGAUCAAACGAAUCUGACGCAAUUGUUCUUGAGCUACAAUGCAAUAGAAGAACUUCCCGAAGGAGUUUUUGCAAGUCUGACCAAUAUUGGUUUUAACAGAACAGCGCUUAGAGGUGAUCUCAUACUCAGUGGAAAUCGCAUACAGCGCCUUAAUGCUAAUUCUUUCGGUCAUCAUCCAUAUCUUCAAAAUAUUGACUUACAGUUCAAUGAAAUCUCGGAAAUUGAGAGAGAAAUUUUCGAUCACUUUCCUAAUACAAUGGAAACUGUUAACUUACUGUGGAAUAAUUGUACUAACACAUUCUUCAGUUAUAGCUCUAAUUUACAAAACGAUGAAAGGUUACAAAAUUGUUUCAACAAUUGGGCUGGAAUAACGACUACAGAGGCACCAGGUUCUGCUUCUAGUAUUGUCGAUGGCUUUGUGUUUUCAAUAACAUUUGCUGUUUCUACCAUGUUUUUGAUGUUAAAAGGACAAUAAAUGAAUCAAAAAAAUAUUUUUCAACCAAGA